ACCCGUACUCCUUCGUGGCGCCGCAGCAGCAGUUCUUCCAGUACCAGCCCGCGCUGCCCGCGCUGCCGCCCCUCGCCAUGCUGCACUCCAAGUACCACGCGCCCGGCAAGCAGCACGUGGUGCAGUACGUCCCCCAGCCCUACUACCAGGUGCCGCAGUACCAGGCGCCGCUCAUGUACAUCAUCCCCCAGCCGCAGCCGCAGGCCUUGCCGCAGGCCCACCAGGCGCACCACCAGCCCGCCAGCCAGCAGCCCGGCGGCCAGCCCGAGCAGGCAGCCCAGCCCGCGCAGGCGCCGCAGCAGCCCCAGUACGUGAUGCUGCUGUCCGCCCCCGCGGCCGCCGCGCCCUCCGCCGCCGGCUUCCAGUACUUCAACCACCCGCAGCUCGCGCUGCAGGCCCAGCAGCCCUUCAUCACGUUCUACGCCGGGCCGCAGCACCACCAGCAGCAGCACCAGCUGCAGCAGCAGGGCCGCUUCUACCCGGAGCAGCAGCAGCUCGUCUUCCAGAGCCAGCAGCCCGACGGCCCCCAGAACGACGGGCCGCCGCACUUCGUGCCCAAGCAGCUGCACCAGCAGGGCCAGCAGGGCCCCGUCGGCCUGGAGGCCCCCGCGCCGCCCAGCCCGCCCACCGCCAGCCCCUACGGCUCGCGCGUGCAGCAGCACGGCCAGCACGCCUACAAGACCAUCAUCAAGGCGUAGGGACCGCCGGUCGACCGCCGGGCGCAGGGUUGGCCGAUGAAGAGGCAUUCUCGGCGACCGCCGUGGUUUUUAGUCUGUGAUGAUCGACUGGCUUUCGAGUGGCCGGCCUGGCCUCAGGAAAUGGAAGACAGAGAAAAAAAGAAUCUUCUUUGACCCUUCGGGUGCGGAAGUGUCCCGCCGUUACUUCGCUGGUGCUAUGCCGUUGUGAAUGCGGUGUUGUUGUUGUUGCGCAGCCGCGCCGCCCGGUGUACAUACCUCCCGAGGCGGCUGCUGUGCUGCUGCUGUUGUUAUACUUGUUGUUCGGCACUGGCAGUGGCAGCAGACUGAUUCCGAGAGUCGUUUUCGUCGCUCUGUCCCUCUCGCACCCACACGGGACGCCCCGUGAGUGCGACAGAGACAGCGCGACGAAAAUGAGUCUCGGAAUCAGUCUGCAGUUCGGCCGUGCCUUCCGGCGGACGUUGCGUUACAGUGUCGUGCCGUGGCGGAGGAGGUGCCCCAGCUGCCGCGCGCUGCCGCGGGCCAGUGUCCUAGUCGA